AUGGCGCGCUCAAAUAUUCUCUCAUCGAUAUGUCGCUCAUGUCGACGGUCCUAUAUUACACGAUCACGACGCUUCACCUCUAAUUCAACCAGCAAAGGCAGCCAGGAACCAUCACGGUCUCUCGCCAAAGACCUCGGAAUCCAAGUAGAGCCAACCAUUCAAAACCAACCAGGAGCAUUGGAUCAAAUUGCCGAAGCUCUUCGCAAACCUCAAAAGCAACCAUCCAGACCUCCCCCGAGCCUGAGUUCCCUUGCUUCAGGCGACCUUCGAUCCAUCGCUCGAAAUGCACGAGACGAAGCAGCAACGAGAUACAGCACGGGAACCUCAGCAGACGAGCCAUAUCAUUUGAACGUCUACGCCCACCGGCAAAAUAUGCACAUCACUUUUACUGAACCGUCACGCAAUCCUAUCCUUUCCCUCUCGGUGGGUAAUCUGGGAUUGCGAAAGGCGCAGAGAAAAACCUACGACGCCUGCUUCCAAUUGGCGAGCUAUAUGUUCCGAAAGAUGGCAGAGAAGCAGUGGAGAGUAGGGGGGAGGAAGAUGACACACAAUGAGAUGAAGACUUUGACGGAUAUUCGAAAACCGGGCCCCGUCGGCGGUGGAAAUGGAAUCGAGAUCAUUUUUAGAGGGUUUGGGCCCGGACGAGAGGCUUUUCAAAAGGCGUUGCUAGGACCUGAAGGGAGGAUGAUCAAACCGUUGAUCUCAAAGGUCACGGAUGGAACGAGGUUGAAGUUUGGUGGAACGAGGAGCCCGAAGGUGAGGAGGUUGGGCUGA